AUGGAAAACAAAGAUCAAAUCUCAAAAGACAUAGAAAAAGGCUUAAAUUCACCAGAAAUAAAACAAAACGAUGACAUUCCAUACGUAGAUGACUUUGUUGAACUAAAUCUAGUCAAACCUGAUGAACCUGUCCGUCCGAAACGCGCGAAAGAUGAGAAGGAAGAUGGAGAACCACACACACCAGAAAGGGAUAGAAAACUACAUGCCUCAGAUUUGGGAGAAGUACAUUCUUCGCCAAAUAAUGAUACGAUAAUAGUGAAUACGCCAGAAGGGACUCUAUAUAUAACUUUAGAGCCUGAUUCUGCUAGAUCAUCGAAGCCUACUAGUCCCACAACAGAGUCUACUGAUCUUGAAGCUAUUCCGAGUACGAGUUUUGGAGCAGCGGAGUCUGAUGCACUGAUACAGAAGGAGAGAGAAGCAGAAAUGAUGGAACAGAGGAAGAUAGGUUUGAGAAGGAAUUCCAUAUCUAUGCCGACGUUACAGAACUUGGAGCUGGAGGUGUUGAAACAGCAGUACUUGAACCCACAGGAUGAUAUCCCUGAACAUCAUCAGAGCUCAGCAUCAGGGUUCAGUGAUGGCGACAACACGGCUGAUGAUCACACCGAAGUGCUAUCAGAUGAUGACAGAGUCAAGACUCCCCUCCGCUCCCCCCGCCGCAAGUCCACGGCACCCCGACGGUUUGGCCGCUCCGAGUUCAGUAUGGACGACGAUGACUACUCUCCAAGUAAUUCUGUCACUUCUGUCAACUCCCUCGCCAGUCUACUCCGGGAGAAGUUGCAGAGCAUACCCCAGAAGAUCCGCAAGAAGCCGACAGACUAUAAACUCCGUGCGUUCGUGGGUCUGAUGUUCCUCGCCAUUGUGUUCUUCGUGGGUUUCGCAUACGUGCUGUACCAUCAGCAGGCGCUCACCAAGGCAUACUUUGACAAUGUGCAGUUUAACGAACCAAAGCGACUUAUUCGCAUCUACAAUAAGGAUGAUGUGGAAAUCCUUAGGGCUAGCUUAGCGGUUAACAUCCAGGGCAAAAUGAAAGCGUAUCCAUGUUUACCUGAACACCGUCGUAAGGAUGGCUCUGAAUGCCUGGAAUGGCUGCAUACUCUUCGGUUCUACUUGAAGUCCCUGCCUCAUGACCCUGGCGUUGAUAAUACUACCUGCUACUCUGUGCACUGGAAGGCGUUACGAUCUGAUGUCUAUCCAAACGAUUGCUUCGACUGGGGCGCAACGAAAGUGCACUGGUUUGGAGGUGGCCUAUCCUCCAACCUAACCUGGCCUUUGGACAGCGGCUCAUUAGAUUACACUCCUUUUAUCACAGGAGACAUGCAAAAGAACCAAUGGGGCAACGUCCUUACAAGAUACUUCAUAAAUUCCAAGGGAGCUGCCAUUAUUGUCGAUGAUGAGACACCUCUUCACGUCUCCGUUAAUAAAGGAGGCAAGCACAUCUGUCUCAAAGCUAUGUACCACGAAUUUGCUUAUCCAAAUAAAUUGACCGAAUUCCCUGAAAUGAAGUACAACAUUUGUACGUCUGAAGACAUGGCGUCAUUACAUUCUUCGAUCCACAGUCAUCGACGAGCUCCAUUGUGGGACGGUUUAAAACCAGCAGAUAUGCAAACCUUAGAAUCUCUUAUAUCAGAACCAGUUUGGCAAAUAGCACCAAGAUUUAAAGAAGAAUUACAGGCAGAAACGAUUUCUAAAUACACGGAAGAUGUUAUCAAUCUUGGAUUCUUGAAACAGGGGCAUGUGCUGAUCAAUGAACAUUGGCAGAAUGCAAUUGGUGAUUUAUCUGUGGACACGAGUCGAUUCCAAACUUUGAAUACAACUGUCGAUAAAUUACACAGACGUGGUUUCAAAGUUGCAUUUACCAUCCAACCAUUUAUUAGUACUGAGAGUAAGAAUUUCGCAGAAUGUGUUCAAAAGAGAUUGUUGAUUAGUGAAAGGAAUAGUGAUAGACGUAUACCAGCUUUAACUCGUUUCAAGUCUUUAGCAAGUGCUGGAGUAUUAGAUAUCACAAACAACAGAUCAGUGCCUUGGUUUUUGGAGAAGUUACAGGCAGUGAUCGACGAGUACCACAUUGACUCUUUCUUCUUGGACUUGGGUACAGCUUACGACAUGCCUCAUUACUUCCGUUGCGAACAUCUUCUGACUAACCCCGAUCAAUACAAGAAGAUCUUCACUAAAACGUUUGAGAAGAUGUUUAAUAUCAUUGGAGUGUCUUCUGCAGUGUCAUUACCUCGCCCUCCUAUUUUUGUCUCUCUUCCACCAUUUGAGUCUACAUGGGAAGCAUUGAAGUUGGUUAUACCGACUAUGUUGACGUAUGGUGUGAAUGGUUUUCCAUUUAUAAUGCCAGGAGCUGUCGGUGGGGAUAUUUACUGGCCUGGAAGUGAACAGUUCCUUCCAUCCUCUAAAGGAAUGGUGGACAUUACAAAUAGCACUCAAGAGAAUGGAAUAGAGUUACCAGAUAAGGAAUUAUACAUGAGAUGGCUGCAAAUGGCGACGUUCUUGCCUGUGAUGAAGUUCACUCAUCUCCCGAGCAAGUAUAAUGAUGAGAGAGUGUUGGAGGUGGCGAAGAAUCUGACGUCAUUGCGACAGAGAAUGGUAACGCCACUACUAUUGAAGUACAAACGCGAAGCACUAGAAGCAGGUCUGCCACUCCUGCGGCCGCUGUGGCUGCUGGGUGCUGGUGACGCUCCCCGUGCAUUAAAGGACGAGUUCGCCAUCGGCAGUGACAUUGUUGUCGCACCCGUUCUUGAACAAGGACAGACUACUAGGGAUGUGUACCUCCCCACCGGUCUAUGGCAAGAUGGUAUUGACGGAUCUCUACGCAAAGGCAAUCGAUGGAUGCACGAGUACAGAGUACCGAUAGACAAGGUGGCCUACUUUGUUCGGAAACCUGAUGAUAUGAGGUUUAAGUAA